GCUAGCAAGCUUUGAUUUUCAUCUCAUAAACAUGGCUAAACUUCUUAGCAAGUCCAUUUUUGGUACCAUUCUUGCAAUUGCAAUUGCACUCCUUUCCUCAUCCAACAUGCUUAAUCUCAAGUCACUAUCAUUACUUCUCCCUUUGCUUCUCCUAAUUGUCCACCUCUUUCGGUCCUCCAAGCCCCCGUCCAAUCUACCACCGGGACCACGCACGGUCCCCGUGUUCGGCAACUGGCUCCAAGUGGGCAAUGACUUGAACCAUAGGAUGCUGGCAGACAUGUCACGCACUUAUGGCCCGCUCUUUUUUCUGAAACUUGGCUCGAAAGACUUGGUCGUAGUGUCGAACCCUGAGCUAGCAACCCAAGUGUUGCACGCGCAGGGGGUGGAGUUUGGGUCACGGCCACGCAACGUGGUGUUCGACAUCUUCACCGGGAACGGUCAGGACAUGGUGUUCACCAUCUACGGGGAGCACUGGAGAAAAAUGCGGCGGAUCAUGACGCUCCCAUUCUUCACCAACAAAGUUGUUCACCAGUACAGUGGGAUGUGGGAGAAUGAGAUGGAGUUGGUGGUCCAUGACUUGAGAAGGGAUGAGAGGGUGAGAGUUGAAGGGUUGGUGAUCAGAAAAAGGCUGCAGUUGAUGCUGUACAACAUCAUGUACCGCAUGAUGUUUGACGCCAAAUUUGAGUCUCAAGAUGACCCCUUGUUCAUUCAGGCAACUAGGUUCAACUCGGAGAGAAGCAGAUUGGCUCAGAGCUUUGAGUACAACUAUGGCGAUUUCAUCCCUCUGCUUAGGCCAUUUUUAAGAGGUUAUCUUAACAAGUGCAGAGACUUGCAGAAAAGGAGAUUGGCAUUUUUCAACAAUUACUUUGUUGAAAAGAGAAGGAAAAUAAUGGGUGCAAAUGGGGAAAACCACAAGAUAAGCUGUGCAAUAGAUCACAUAAUAGAUGCAGAAAUGAAGGGAGAGAUCAGUGAACAAAAUGUGCUGUACAUUGUGGAGAACAUCAAUGUUGCGGCAAUUGAGACAACUCUAUGGUCCAUGGAGUGGGCCAUAGCUGAGCUGGUCAACCAUCCCACCGUCCAACAAAAGAUCAGAGAUGAAAUCUCAACCGUCCUGAAAGGGGGAGCAGUCACAGAAUCUAACCUGCAUGAAUUGCCAUACCUACAAGCCACAAUCAAUGAAACCUUAAGGUUACACACACCAAUACCUUUGCUAGUACCUCAUAUGAACCUUGAGGAGGCUAAGUUGGGUGGUUUUACCAUUCCUAAGGAGACAAAAGUGGUUGUGAAUGCAUGGUGGCUGGCUAACAACCCUGAAUGGUGGAAGAAUCCAACCGAGUUUCGGCCAGAGCGGUUUAUGGAGGAAGAAGGUGGCAUUGAGGCUGCAGUUGCCGGCGGCAAAGUUGAUUUCCGGUACUUGCCGUUUGGCAUGGGGAGGCGGAGCUGCCCCGGGAUCAUCCUCGCCAUGCCAAUUCUGGGGCUACUCGUUGCCAAGCUCGUCACCAAUUUCGAGAUGAAGCCUCCUUGUGGAGACGAAAAGAUUGAUACAAGUGAGAAAGGAGGACAGUUCAGUCUGCACAUUGCAAAACAUUCCACUGUUGUCUUUAAACCUAUUGCAAAAUCAUCAUGAUGCUCCUGCUCCUGCUGCAUUUCAACUACUACACCUUUUGAUUUGUUCAUUUUAUGUACGAUAGUACCAUACAAUCCAUCAAUAAAAUUCCACUCUGUUUUUGCAAGAAA